AUGAGGAUACACAUUUGGUGCAUUCUAGCACCAGUGUUCCUGAUAUCUGUGAAAGCAAGUUUACAUGACAAUGUUGGACAGUCAUUCUAUGAGACAUCGCAGUCGUCAUCGCCGUCUCCAAUGUCUGAUUACACGCAAUCUCCCCAACCAGAUGUAUUAGAUGGAAUGAAAGAAAUAGUUUUGUUCCUAACGCCUGAUCAAGUGAAUGCUUUGCAAGCAGCCGGGGCAGUAGUCAAACCGUACCCAGAAGAUGAGGUGGACUUUACUUCAAUGGAUCAGCAGCUACCGCAAAGAAUUAAACCUGAGACAAGACAGCAUUAUCAGAUGCAAUGGAAUCCAAACCAGAAUCCACAAUAUAACACUGAAUUACAAAAUUACUAUAAACUUUUGAACAUACAAGAAAUCAAUGAUAACUUGUCGCAAACUGCUGCAGCUACAAUAAGAACCACAGAGAGGACAACAACGACUCCAAGAUAUAGAUUUACAAGCACUACUACACGACCACGAUUUAAAGAAAGAGAAUAUCUAACAUCACCUGCACCGAACAGAAAAGCAAGUAGAACAAAUUAUUCUAAUCAAAACAGUAACACGGAACGUACUCCUUUCCAAUACUAUUAUGUAAAUCAAAAUUUUAGAAAUACUCCCUAUAAUAUCCGUACUCCUGACAAUAGCCCGUUUUCUGAAUUUUCCUUUGACCGUAAAACCAACCCCAACUUUUACAGUACACCUAGCUCUACAAUUACUCCUAGCCCUAGUAAAAUGGACUAUUCCAACCAAAACAGUAACGUAGAACAUACUACUCAUUUUGAAUUCUAUUUCGAAAAUAAGAAAUUUAAAAAUACUCCUUCCAAUAUCCAAGUCCCUUACAAUAGUCCUUCAACUAAAAAUACUCCCAACCCUCACAAAAAUACACCUGGAUUUUACAGUACACCUAGCUCUGAAAUUACUCCUAAUCCUUACUAUACCCCCAGUCCUAAAAGUACUCCUAACCCUAACAUUGCUCCUAGCCCUAAAAUUAUUCCUAGUACUGACAAUUCUCCUAGCCCUAAAAACAUGCCUAAACCUUAUAGUACUCCUAAGCCCAACAGCGUCUUUAACUUUAAUAGAAGCCCUUUCCUUUAUAAUACCCCUAGCAGUUCUAAUACCCCUAAUCCUUAUAGUACCCCUGGCCCUUAUAACACCCCCAACAAUUUCAAUUCUGCAACCCGAUUGCAACAAUCUCCAUAUCAGCCAGAGAAAAUACAACCCAACAACUACUUUCAAUCUAAUAAAAAGGUUCAAGGGAACCAAUAUGACCAAAGCCCUUCUAGUACCCCUACAGCUUACAGUACAACUAGUACCCCGAGACUGAAAAUAACCCCUAGCCCUAAAAAUACCCCAAAACCUUACAGUAUACCCAGUCCUUACAAAUCUUCUACCCGUUUACCGUUAUUUCGGUAUGAACUAGAGAAGGAACAAUCCAACAAUUAUUUUCAAACUAGUAAAGAGAUUCGCAGAAAUCAAAAUCACCAAAGCCCUUCCAGUACCCCUAUCUCGUACAGUACUCCAAGACCUAAAAUAACUCCUAGCUCUAAAAAUACCCCAAACUCUUACAGUACUCCCAGCCCCUACAAAUCUUCUACACGUUUACCGCUAUCUCAGUACGAACCAGAGAAGGAACAACCCAACAACUAUUUUCAGACUAAUAAAGAGAUUCAAGGGAACCAAUAUCACGAAAGCCCUUCCAGUACCCUUAGCCCUUACAAUUCUCCUCGUUCUAACAUUACCCCUAGGCCUAACAAUACUCCUAGCUUAUUCAACAGCCUUAAUCCUUAUAAAACUCCUACCCGUUUACCGCAAUCUCUGUAUCAAUCAAAGGAGAAACAAUCCAACAAUUAUUUUCAUUCAAGUAAGGAGAUUCAAGAGAACCAAUAUCACCAAAACCCUUCCAGUACUCCUAACCCUAACAGUACCCCUAGCCCUUAUAAAACUCCUACCCAUUUACCGGAAACUCUGUAUCAAUCAGAAGAGAAGCAACCCAUUGAUGUUCAACCAAGUGAAGAUAUUCAAGAGGAUCAAAAUCACCAAAACCCUUCUAAUACUCCCAAGCCUUAUAGUACCCCUAGACCUUACAAAACUCCUACCUAUGAACCGCAAUCUCUGUAUCAACCAGAGGAGAACCAAUCCCACAAUUUUCAACCAAGUGAAGAGAGUCAAAGGAAACAAUAUCAACAACCAGAAACGGCGACCCACCAAAAUGAAUUUUCUGGAACAAAUAGAAAGCAAAAGGAAUUCACUGCAUCCAGUACGAAACCUCAUGAGGAUGAAAAUGUGUGCACUGAAGAAACUACGGAGCCUGAGCAAUAUGCAACUCAACGGACAGUGGAAAUUGGAAAUAGGAAAGUAAAUAAAUACAGCGCAAGAAAUGUUUACAAGCCACCGGUAGCUGUUCAAGUUCAAGAAGCACAAGAGUCUGUGAAACCACAAACACUUGCAGAGGUUCCUACUUCAUAUAAUGCUCAAACAGAGCCAGAGCUAAAUAGUGGACUUGAAGCCACGACAAAACGUAAGAAACCUCUUAAUUCUGAUAAUGAUCAUAAUGAUGAUCUAAGUAGUUCACCACUACAAGAAGAACAAGAAACGACCACACCUUCAGCGUUACCACCACUCGUUCGUAAACCAUUUGAAGAGGAAGAUUAUUUAUCACUACUUCUAGCACCAUUAUACAAGCAUCAAACGAUCUCAGAAAUUGUAUCUCAACACAAAGAUGACCUUGCUAGAAGUGAGUCAAAUGUCAAUUCUAAAUUGCAGUACUUGACAAAUUCACACUUUAAUACUAAUAAUCAUAGGUCUGGCUUUGAAAAAUUGCCAGUUGACUUUAAUGAGCAAGAUGGCUUAGCAAAACACGAAGCAAUUACCAGAUCGCCUUCAGUUUAUGUAGAUGAAAAUUCAGAAACUGUUGAAACCAUUUCUCAAAAUUUACCUAAAACGAGUGAGUUUCCAAUACAAGAACAUUCACCUGAACCAAAGGAUUGGAUAGCAUCAUCCCCAAAUCCAGUACCGAUAGAAUUGAUACGUCAAUUUCCAUCUGAAGAACAAGUUGUUAAUAUUGGAGGGGGGAGAAAUGUGUUCGCUAGAACAGAGAAACCCCUCACGAUACAAACUAUAGCUCCAUUAAGAUUGAAACAUACAACUCCAGAAGGCUUACCUUUGGAUUCACCAAUACUUCGUCCAAUUUGGGAUCAUUAAAAAUAUGUAGCUAGCUUUAAUCAUAAUAUAAUCUGUAUAAAGGUAUUGUUGACUUCAAAUGCAAUAGGUGGUGCCAUCGACUGAUUUCUAAGUGAUAAUAGUUCUAAUUUAUGAAAA